AUGCCUCCUCGAACAAGAAAACAAAAACAGAACAAACAAUUCCCUACGUCGGCCAAGAUAACCGAGCUCGACUCGUUACAGGACUUCUCGGACUAUGUUGGUCAGGCCGAGAUUCCUGCGGAGACCCUCGUGGAUCAUAUCCAGCGAGUCCAAGGACAAUAUGACGCUAAGACUAAGAAAACAGGGUCUCGGUCAAACGAUUUACCUCCUAAUAUAAAAAGAACGACUGUACCAUCUGCCAAAAGUCGAGCCACCAGAUCCCCAGACGAAGCAUCUACAGCUAUUACUGAGGAUGACCUGGAAGACCUGUCAGGGGUCGCAAAAUUCAUGUUCACAGCACUGGACUAUACAAUGUACCUGAUUCCUCUUCUGGCAAUCAAUAUAGUUCUAAAUGUGCUUGUACGAGCCCAGUACGGCCAAGAAGUUGAUUCUAAAGAGAUUGUGGCCGAGAGUCUGACCACUAUCCCCGUCAUGACCAUUGUCCACGCUGUAUUCCACCCAUACAAAUCCACACGAGUAUUCCGAAUCGUCAGCUUCUUCACUGCGGUUGCAAUUGGCGGCUACAUUCUCUACACAACCCACGAAGAGGGUUACUACGCUGUCAUGAAACGAGCUCCUCCUCUCGGCACCCUGUGGGUCUGGCUCUUCCUCGAAAUGGACUGGGAAUGGGCCGCCACCUGUCUCGUGGUCAUUGCAUUCUGGAUGUGGAAACAGGGCUACUCGCUUUAA